UUCCUCUCUCUCGGGACUCUGCCUCGCCUCGGCGUUCGCGUUCUCCGGGCUCUAGUUAUUCGGGAACGGCGCGCUGCCGCAGACUCGGCCCCGCCGUCGACGCCCGCCUAUCGCGAGCCCCGGAGCACGCGACGCACUCGCUCGCCCGAAGUCGAUUCGGCCGAUUCGUCCUCGCGCGACCCCGGACCAGGAAGAGUCGCAGAGGUAUUCCUCCAGGGGUUUUCGGUCCUCGACCAUGGCGCAGCUGAUCGGCGUCAAGCUGUCCCGAUUCGACGGCUCGCCCUGGGGCUUCCGGCUUCAGGGAGGCAAGGACUUCGGGACGCCUCUCAUCGUGCAGAAGGUGAACGGAGGAUCUCCCGCGGAAGCCGCCGGUCUCAGAGCCGGAGAUUCGGUCGUCAGGGUCAAUGGCACGGAGGUUUUCAAUCUGAGGCACAAAGACGCCCAGGAUGUCAUCGUCAGGGCUGGGAACAGUUUCGAGCUGACGGUUCAAAGAGGCGGAAGCACGUGGAAGCCGAGCGUCUCUCCGGUGACGGCGAGUAUUCCGUCGCCGCAGCCUUCCAUCCCAGCCAGCAGUAUUCCGCCGGUCACGAAAACGUCUCUGGCCCCGAAGAAGCAGGAGGGACCCCUCAUCGGAAGUGGACACAAUUUCAGCCCUAAACCUUUCCUCAACGGAACCGGGGACGGGUCGAUCAAGUCGAUCGUGAACAAGCAGUACAACAGUCCGGUCGGGAUCUACAGCGAGGAAACCAUCGCGGAAACCUUGUCGGCCCAGGCCGAGGUCCUCGCUGGUGGAGUUCUAGGAGUGAACUUCAAAAAGAACGAGAAGAACUACAACGCGCAGAACAGCGAGGUCUUCAAAAUGGUCCAGGAGGCGGACAAGGAGCCGAAGAGUCCGGAGCCUGUUCCACCUCGGACCGAGUUUUACUCUCUGGCGAGCCACGCCGUUGGUGGAAGGUCAACCUCUCCGAGGUCUCCCACGCCUAGGCUGGGGGCCCUGGGCCAGGAGGAGUCCCAGGAUCCUCGGGGCGUCCGCUGCUCUUCGGGGAACGAACCGGAGCCCUCCUCUUCGCUCGAGUCUCCGAUUUGUCGCAACUGCGACAAAGCCAUCGUCGGAGUCUUCGUCAGGAUCAAGGACAAGAACUUGCACGUCGAGUGUUUCAAGUGCUCGACCUGCGGUACUUCCCUGAAGAACGUGGGGUACUACAACAUAAACAACAAGCUUUACUGCGACAUCCACGCGAAACUGGUUGCCAGGCAGAAUGCACCUGCCGGUCUUGCACCUGUCACCGUUCCUCCAGGUGGAAGAACCCCAGCCGGGACGAUUUCCGCAGCCUUGCCCAGCGUCCCCGCCCCAGGGUCGCCUUCCUUGAACAGCCACUCCUCGCCUCAGCCCUUUUCCGCUUGCCACCGCUCGAGUCCCGUCGGGUCAAGGGCGACUCUUCGUCAACGUCCUCCACGACCGACCAGCGGGGUCUCGUACUCGGAUACCAGGACCUUAGCUAAUGGCACCUCCAACGGCGUAUGCGGCUCGAAAACGUACACGAGCACCCUCACCAUUCGGACCUGCGGCGAGGUUGGCAGCACCAACGGCAGCGUGCUUGCGAGUGACUCUAACCGCUCCCCUAACCGCCUCGCGGGCACCAAAGAGACCGACGACCUCGACCUCGAGGAGCCCGACCAUGCCCCGAAGGUGGGCGAGGUCUGCGAGAUUUUCUUUAACCCCGUCAUCGACGACGGCCCCCCGGCAUCCAGGACCCCCAAGACCUAUACCUCUAUGUUGUGCCAGCCCACCCGCCUUGGCACGUCGCCUGUCAAUCCACCUAGUUUGCGUCCAGUCCAGGCACCCACCGGGAACAACAUCGGCGGACCCAAGCCCUUCGGAAGCUCGGCAGCACCCAUCUCGCCGCCUCUCAGCUCCGGCAACACCUUGCCGCGUCCGCAGAGUCAAACCGCAGGAGAGGGGGAUUACCGGGAGAGGAGCUCCGUCAAGUCCAAGACCCUGGUCUGGCCGCCGACGAAGCCGAUCGAGGAAGUGACCUACCCCACCGCGAGUCCCCUCUACGUAGAUCCCAAUCCCGAGCCGGGGAGGCGGCGGGGCUCCAAGGAGUCGGAGAGGAUCCGCAGGAGGCGAAGGCACAGCUUCGGCAGCGACACCAGCGAGGACUAUCGAGAGCGGACCUUCCAGAGGGAAGCCAGCAUGGAGUCGGUCGAUCGCCCUGGGCAGACCUACCGUAGGGUAGAGACGGUCAAGGAGUUCCGCCGCGAGCAGUCGAGGUCCCCGUCGUCGAGGCCGUCCUCGAGGGAGAGCUUCCGCCGGUCGCUGACGCCCACCCGGAUCGCGCAGCCGAUGCCCAGGCCCUGGACGGCCACCGUGACGACGGGCGUCAGCGUCUACGAGCCGCCCCCGAGGUGCGCGACCGUCUGCCGGCACAGCCAGGUGUGCCAGAGGGAGGGCUUCUCCGGGACCGAGCAGAGGGAGACGCGCUGGGAGGAGCAUCGCACCGAGCGGGUGCAGCGCCUCCCGGAGCCGGUGCCCUGCACCUACGUGGACGACGAGCCCCGGUCCAGAAUCAUCCCGGUGCAGGUGGAGAGUCGGCCGGAGGUCGAGCCGCCGGACGCCAACGAGGACGUCCAGGGCGAGCACAAGUUCUACACCGAGACCACCGAGGAAGACGAGGGGGACGUCCACGUGAAGAGGACGGUCACCGUGGAGAAGACGGUGCAACGCCUGGACCGCGAGGAGGAGCCGGGCCCUCCGGUCAUCACGGAGAUCAAGGUGGAGGAGGUGGACCGGGAGGUGGAGAACAUCUCCGACCGGAGGACCGUGGUCGACUCGGCGGACCUCGUGUCCUCGGUGGUCGAGACGCAGAGGCUAGUGGAGCGGGUGGCCAUGGACGAGCGGGCGGACGCGAUCAGGAUCCAGGAGGCCGAGGAGAAGAGAAAGGGCGAGAAGAAGGUCUGUUUCACCGAGAGGCAGGAGCUCGUGCAGGAGGAGAGCAACGCCAGCGGGACCUCCACCUGCCGGACCACCCGCAAGUCCCAGGGGAUGGAGCAGUUCAGCGAGCUGACGAAGGAGGUCGAGAUCAGGCAGCGGGAGUUGGAGGAGCAGCGCCUGCGGAGCCUGCGGGAGCAGGUCGAGGUCCAUCAGAGCCUGAGGGAGCAGCAGGCGCCGGAACGGCGGCAGACCUUCGCCGAGAAGAAGGUAACCACCCGGUACGGGCCCGUCGGCUGCGGGGAGACCACGGUGGAGAAGAAGCACGUGCAGUUCGUCAAGCAGACGGAGGAGGGGCCGCAACCUCUGUCGCCCGUCAAGAACGUUACCCCGAAGGAGUGGAAGUCGGAGAUGGUCAGGGCGCUGACCACCGCACCCGACCGCCCCUUCUCGCCCUUCUCCGCCUGCUCCGUCGACGACGACGCCCCGGUGGAGACCUACACGCGGGAAGUCGUCAGCGAGAGGACCUCGGGAGGGGCCGACUCGUGUACUACCUGCGUCCACACUUGCAGGUGCACUUACCGUCCAGCUCCGCCGCGACUGCCGGAGCUGACCCGACCCUACUGUCCGGCGGGCGAGGACCAAGGGCGCGCCUCACCCCUGACGGAGGCGCUUACCACCGCCCCGGAACGACCCUACACUCCGCUGGGUCGCGCCGAGCGGCCCGACGAGGUCCGCACCACCACCGAGACGCGGACCGUCCGAGUCGCCCGAGAGGAACUCUGCCACCCAGCCGAGAUCCUGUACGCCGACUCGAGGAGCUGCACCAGGAAGGAGCGGACGGUCUGCGGGAAGUCCACUCCCCAGCCACUGCCAACCCCGCCGGCGGACUUCAAGCUGCGGGACUCGUCGCCCGUCGGGUCCAGGCCCGUGACCCCCGGCGGUCGACCCGCGACCAUGGGCUUGCGGAAGCCGGACACCAUCCCGGCCUACCAGAGGAACCUGGUGUGUCUGAAGAAGGGUCCCGUGGACACUCGGACGUUCGUGCCCAGCCGGACCCCCACGCCCACUCCCGGAAGGUGCAAAUCCCCCGCCCAGGGUCCCCCCGAGCCCCCGGCCUGCUACGUCAAGGCCCAGGCCCCCAGGAUUAGGGACGACCCCCCGCCGCCGAGGUGUCCGGCUCAAGUCACCGUCGAGUCUCCGCCCAAGGAGUCGGUCACGUACCACUUCGAGGAGGACAUCCCCGGGGGGCACCGCGUCCAGGACCUGACCUGCACCUACGGAGAGAGCAGGGUGUCCGUGACCGACGAUGGGAGGCAUCGAAUUACCAAGCAGGAGUCGGAGCGCAAGUGGAAGCUGGACGAGGACGUUACCACCCAGACCUCCGAACAAAUAGACCCCAACACCGUCAAGGAGGUGACCAAGACCAAGCACGUCACCGAGCACUUUGUGGACGUCGAGGAGGAGGAGCUGGAAGUGACUCCCCUGCCCGAGCCGGUCCCGGAGGUGGAGACCACAUGCACGAUCAGGAAAGUCACUCGCGUCGUGCCGUGCCCCGCGGUCCAGGACAGGUCGGAGAGGUUUCCCAGGACCGGGGUUCGAGUCCUGCCCCCCUGCCCUCCACCCUGCGAGACCACCCAGACUCGGGUCUGCAGGAAGAUCGUGGCGAGCGACCCCGAGCCCCGGGACUCAGGGACGUCCCAGGGCGAGGAGGUCUGUCGGAAGAGCGUAGUCGUGGACACUUGCCGGGAGUCCCACGGGGCCGGAGGGUGCCAGAGGCAGCUGGAGCACGCCAGCGCUUUCCGCGAGACCCGGACUCCCGUCAAGGAGCCACCGCCCUCGGACACCGGGGUCUCGGUGCUGCCCUACAAAUCCGGGGACAAGGCCGGCGUCGUCGUGGUGCCCUGCGACGGCCCCUUAUCGUCCUCCGAGGUCUCGGGCGUUUGCGUGGUCCCGACUCCGGACCGCUCCGGGCUGUGCAUCUCGCCCUGCAAGGACCUCACCGCCAGGAGCUGCGGCCGGUCCUCGGGCCGGUCCUCCGUCGACCUGGGCAUCUCCUCCAGACCCGGAGUGAAGGUCUCCCACUGCUCCUGCGGCUCCGUGUGCGUCGGGCCCUGCGUCAACGCGGCGCCCUCGCCCAGGAUCUCCUGCACCGUCACCAAGGUCUCCACCGUCGGCAGAUCCGAGCCUCCCCAGCGGAGCUGCACCGUCACCGAGACGACCCAGUCCGUCCGCUGCUCCGGAAGAGUGGAACCCGAGCCCUGCCCCCACCUCCGGCAGAGCCUACCCUUCCCGCAGAUCCCCCUGCCCUAUGAGAAAAACUCCCAGGGUGUCCCCCCGGCCGACGACCUGGGCUUCGAGCCCAUCCGCGAGCCGCGCACUAACCUGGGCAACCAGCUUACGCUGCUCACCGCCAAGCGGGACAAGCCCGUGGUCCAGCUGUACAAACCCCAGGUCCAGACCCAGACCCAGACCCAAACCGAGUCCCAGACCCUCACCGAGGUCCGCUUCCGAUCGUCCUCCGUGAACCAACCGGCUAGUAAGACCCAGAAUUUAGUAGACCCACCAAAUUUGUCGUCCCUCCCGGAUCUAGGUGCCGGGGGAUUCGGCUCCAGGGGCGGCUCCUUCGCCGGCAGCACCGCUCCCACCCGCGGCCGCGGCAUCCUCAACCAGGCCGCCACCGGGCCGCGCGUUCCUCUCUGUGGACACUGCAACUCCUACGUCAGGGGACCUUUCAUCACCGCGUUGGGACAAAUCUGGUGUCCCGAUCACUUCAUAUGCGUAAACUCGCAAUGCCGUCGACCGCUGCACGAAAUCGGCUUCGUCGAGGAAAAGGGACAACUCCACUGCGAGUACUGCUUCGAACGAUUCAUUGCACCGAAUUGCUACAAGUGCAACAGCAAGAUCAAGGGUGACUGUUUGAAUGCAAUUGGAAAGCACUUCCACCCCGAAUGCUUCAACUGCUGCUACUGCGGCAAGCUUUUCGGCAACAGCCCCUUCUUCUUGGAGGACGGCUCGCCGUACUGCGAAAAUGAUUGGAACGAGCUUUUUACAACGAAAUGCUUCGCCUGUGGUUUCCCUGUGGAAGCUGGCGACCGCUGGGUAGAGGCCCUCAACAACAAUUACCACAGCCAGUGCUUCAACUGCACGAUGUGCAAAAAGAACCUCGAGGGACAGAGCUUCUAUGCAAAGGGUGGUCGUCCAUUCUGCAAAACUCACGCUCGCUAAAACCGAACCUAGGCGCUUCGAGAUCGAACGAAAAGAGGAGAUAAUUAAAAAAAAAAAAGAAAAAUCGAUGAGAAUCGGUAGCGAAAACCCGUCGAGUUGGCUAAAUUAUUAUACAUCGCGCGUUAUCCAACUUUCGUUUCUUUCUCCUUGCUCGAAAAAGCUUGAACGAGGUUCCAAGGAAUAAAUUCGAUUAAAAUGAGAAAUACGGAGAAACUAGAAAGAAAUGCAAACGAGCGCAGCUUUUCAGGAGCUUUGCGAUAUCGACAGCGAUUUCGCCCAACAACGUCACUUUUUCGCCCCGGCGAAGAAACGGCGUUACGAACGUGAAAUUCAAAGUUACAGUGGAUUGAAACUUUUGCAAAGACGCACGUACAACGUGCCCGAUGGGUUUUCACGAAACACUCCUCGAUAGCUUUGUUAAAAAAAAAAAAUUAGCGGCACCGACGAAGACGUCGCCUCUCGCGUUGCAACGAGAUAAACGUUAACGCCAAUGCAGCAAAACUCCCGCCGACAAGGAGAUCGGUUGCGGAUCAUUUUUCCCGCGAUGUGCUACGAAUUCGCCGUGUUAUCUACCCGUUAAGUUUCCCUCGCCGUGGCGAGGGUAAAAGGAACAAAAAAAAAAAAAAAUAAGAAAAAGUAGAAAAAAUGUACGAACGACCCGUAGUUCGCCGUUACUAAUCGUUAGGUCGGGCUCGCCGACUUUGUGCCAUCGUUCGGACUUCGUGUCCAAAGCAGUCAUGUCAAUACUUUGGCACGGUUUGUCCGCCGUUUAACGAGGGAGAGCGUUAGCGUGAGAUUAAUUACUUAAGUACUUUUAAGGAACCGCACGGGCUCGGGACAGCCGACGAGAUCUCGUUUUGGGACCCCUCGAAAUCGUCGAAAGGGAAAGUCUCGUCGUCGUUAAAACGAUCCCCUUAGACCUCUUCGGCCUCUUGAGUUUCCUCCGAAAUAAGCGUAAUUCUUCCCGAGAGAGGGAUUUUUCAUCGGUACGAAUUUUUUUCGCAAUUUUUUUUGCGGGAAGUUUUAAAUGCGAAAAUUUGCGCUCCUUUCGGAGAUUCCCCGCUCCCGAGUCGUGUCAAGCCUCGCCUGAGUUCGAAUAAUGUUGAAGAUGGUCUUUUAACUUUUAAGGAAUCGCGCGCGCCGCCUGGCGCAUCAACGAGCUUCUGGAUUUAAUGGAAAAUGGAUUAAAAAAGAAAAAAAAAAAUACUGGAAAAAUCCUUUGUAUCCCCGUUACGUGUUGCUUAAAAAUAAAUUGAACGGUCGUUUGAGUAA